AUGGAAUGUGAUAUCGUCGCUCCACACGUCGACUCGUUCAACUAUUUGAUCGAACCGGGCGUACGAUUGGCGGCUUUGGAUGUGGCGCCCGAGAAGUUUCGACUCCCAUCCGGUGAGGCAAUCGAAUUGCGAUACACGCACGCCGAAUUGGGAUACCCGACACUGCCCGAUAGUGAUUGCCCAAUUUAUCCAUCGGAAUGUCGACAACGAUCACUCACCUAUGCCGCACCAUUAAAAGCCUCUGUUCGGUUCAUGAUCAACGGACGUCAUGGGGAAACAAUUGACAAUAUCGUGAUUGGACACGUGCCGAUUAUGCUCAAAUCGGAUAGAUGUCACUUGAAGAAGAUGAGCCGUUCGCAAUUGGAAAAAGUCGGCGAAGAAGCGACGGAAAAAGGCGGAUAUUUUGUGUGCAAAGGAUCAGAAAAAGUGAUUCGGAUGUUGAUCGCCAACAAACAAAACUAUCCGAUUGCGCUCAUUCGACAACGGUACAAAACAAAGGGUGCCCUCUUCACCGAAUACGCGAUCAUGUUGCGAUCAGUGCUCGAAAUGCACACAGCCUCCUUGAUCACUCUACAUUAUAUGGAAAGUGGCAAUAUGAAGAUCGCUAUUCAGUAUCAAAAAGAGAUCUUCUAUCUUCCCUUCAUGUACAUCUUUAAAUGUCUCUCCAGCCGUUCCGAUGCUGAAAUCACGGAGACUUUGACGAGAUGUCGACCGAAUGACCCCUUCUGGCGAUCGAUCGUCUUAAAUAUGCUCACACAAUGUCAACAAGACUCCAUUUUACAUCAGGAGGGAGCUCUUCGCGCAAUCGGCAACCGUUUCCGUGGGCGUUUAGAGGAGAAAUUGGGACCCUGGGAGGAUGAUGUGAACUGUGGAAAGCAUUUGAUCGAGCGUUGUGUAGCGAUUCACCUCAAAAACGACGAGGAAAAGUUCUACUUGUUGGCUUAUAUGGCUCAGAAGCUUUUUGCACUGUCAAGGGGCGAAUGUGCUCCCGAAUCUCCGGACAAUCCGCAAUUUCAAGAGGCGGCUCUAAGUGGGCACAUCAUGUUAUUGACGUUGAAAGAAAGAAUGGACACAAUCCUCCGAAUUGCCAAAUUGAUGCUUCUGAAGAAGGCGAAUCUCAAGAAAGAUGGACAAUUCUAUUUGACCGGUGCCGAGAUCGCUCGGCUGAUGGGUGCACAUCGAAAGGGAGAAAUCACAAGGGGAAUGGAGUAUUUUUUGGCGACUGGCAAUUUGAUCACGAAAAUCGGUAUCGGAAUCCAGCAGAACAACGGCUAUUCCGUAGUGGCCGAAAGGAUCAAUCAACUGCGAUUCGUUUCACAUUUUCGAGCCAUUCAUCGCGGUGCCUUCUUCACCGAGAUGCGAACAACUGAUGUGCGCAAGUUGCGGCCGGAGACGUGGGGAUUCAUUUGUCCCGUACAUACACCCGACGGAUCUCCAUGCGGGUUGUUGAAUCAUGUGACGGCGAGUUGUAGGAUAACCACUCACUAUCCGGAGAUUGAUAAGUUGUUGGCGUUCAUGGAGAAACUCGGAAUGUACACGCAUCACACGAUUGGAAGAGUACCGCCUGGGAUUGAGACGUAUCCAGUAUUUGCUUGUGGUCGUCAUGUAGGUUUCAUUCCGGUCGGGAAAGCUCCCGUUUUUGAGCGAUUGUUGCGGUUGGCGAAAGUUUCACAAAAAGACGAUCGAGUGCCGUAUGAUGCUGAGAUCGCGCUCGUCCGGAAAUCGCCCGAUCCACAGAGCAUCCAAACGCAAUUUCCUGGCGUCUACGUGUUUACCGAUGCAGCUCGUUUGUAUCGACCCGUGCGCAAUUUGAUCACCAAUACAACAGAGAUGAUUGGCCCAUUCGAGCAAGUGUACAUGUCGAUUGCAUUGGAUCCGAAAGAUGUGCAACCUGGAGAAACCCUUCAUCAAGAACUUCACCCAUCUUGCCUCUUCUCGUUUGCCUCGAAUCUCAUUCCGUUUCCCGACCACAAUCAGUCACCCCGAAACAUCUACCAAUGUCAAAUGGGUAAACAAACAAUGGGAACCGCUAUUCAUUCAUGGCAAUACAGAAAUGACAACAAAAUGUACCGACUGCAGUUCCCGCAAAGCCCAUUGCUCAAAACAGAAGCCUAUAACAAGUAUGAAAUGGAUGAAUACCCGUCGGGGACGAAUGCUUGCGUGGCUGUGAUCUCGUAUACAGGCUACGAUAUGGAGGACGCGAUGGUCAUCAAUCGGGGAUCAUUUCAACGAGGUUUUGCACAUGGAACGGUGAUCAAAGUGGAGAAAGUGGAUCUGACGAAAGCGCUUGGACAGGAGGUGAUCUUCUACAUGCAUGACGAGAAAAAGGAUCUCACAAAGUACAUUGGAGCUGAUGGGCUGCCGAUUCAAGGAAGGCGUUACUUUGAGGAUGAUCCCUACAUGAUGACGUUCAACACAGCCAUUGGAAAACCGAAAAUUCACAAAUUUCACUACGCUGAGCCGGCCUAUUGCGGAAUCGUGCGCUUGGUGGAGAACGAGGAAUAUCCGGCGUUGGCUGUGGAAGCGUUGAUUCAAUGGCGGAUCGAGCGCAAUCCGAUUAUUGGGGACAAAUUUGCGUCGCGGCACGGUCAGAAAGGAAUCAACUCGUUUUUGUGGCCGGUCGAAUCGCUGCCUUUCUCUGAAAGCGGAAUGGUACCGGAUAUCAUUUUCAACCCCCAUGGUUUCCCCAGUCGGAUGACAAUUGGUAUGAUGAUCGAAUCGAUGGCCGGCAAGGGUGCCUCAAUGCAAGGAACGAACUAUGAUGCAUCACCGUUUGUGUUCAGCGAGGAGAACACGGCUAUCAAUCAUUUUGGAUCGCUGUUACAGAAAUCCGGCUACAACUACUACGGUGAAGAGACAAUGUACUCGGGAGUCGAUGGACGGGAAUUCACGGUGCAAAUCUUCUUUGGAAUCGUCUACUAUCAACGUCUUCGACACAUGAUUGCUGACAAAUUUCAGGUGCGAGCCACCGGCCCGAUCGAUCCGGUCACCCAUCAGCCAGUGAAAGGACGAAAGAAAGGAGGAGGUAUUCGAUUCGGAGAAAUGGAACGUGACGCCAUCAUUGCGCAUGGAGCCGCUUUUGUCCUGCAGGAUCGUCUGUUGAAUUGCUCGGAUCGUGACGUUGUGCACAUUUGUCGUUCUUGUGGUUCACUUCUCUCCGUGCUCGUCGCCUCAUUAGCAAUUCGGAAAAAACUGGCUGCGAAUCAAGGGAAAACGUACCGCUCGGUGAACGAUUUGACGGAUCGACCGUUGUGCAAGAGUUGCGGAAAAGAUGAUGAUGUUCAUUUGGUGCAGAUUCCCCACGUGUUCCGCUUUUUGGUGGCCGAAUUGGCGGCAAUGAAUGUGAAAUUGGUACUCGACAGCCUUGAUGGGAUCAAAGGGAUGACAAAAGUCUUAAGCGAAAGGAUGAAGUUUGGCCGUGCGAAGGGAAAUGGAAUAGGUGUUCCCGUUGAAUUCGGUGCGCGUUUUUCCGAUUGGACUAACAGU